GCACAUGCGAGUUUCGUGCACCAUACCUAAUCCUUUCUCCCUAGCAACACCCUCCCGUAGUAGUGAUCGUUUUUUCGUGUACAUUCAACCUGUUGAAGAGAGAGAAAUGCACUGCCCUAACACACAAGCCAGCAAACCCUAAUUUUUCAUCCCCAAAAAGCCGAUGUCUGUAAUUGAUCCAAUCUUAUCAAAAUCAAACUCCUAGCAAAAUCUAAACUCUAAUUCCCCUUUUCUACUUCUCGAAGCUGAUUAAUCAUGGAGGUUUUGAAGGACUAUCCUUCAGAAAUCGACAUCGGAAAUUCAAUGGAGUCGUUUCAGAAAGGUAUGGACUUACAAAAGCACCUUUUCCAUAACCAGAUCGAUCAACUCCGCAACAUCGUCGUUACUCAAUGCAAACUCACCGGCGUUAAUCCCCUCUCUCAAGAAAUGGCAGCUGGUGCACUAUCUAUAAAUAUUGGAAAAAGGCCUAGAGAUCUGUUGAAUCCGAAAGCUUUAAAAUACAUGCAAGCAGUUUUUUCUAUAAAAGAUGCUAUCAGCAAAAAGGAACUGAGGGAGAUUGGGGCGCUUUUUGGUCUAACAGUCACACAGGUGAGGGAGUAUUUUGCCGGUCAGCGUUCCAGGGUGAGGAGAAUAGUUCGAUUGUCUAGAGAAAAAGCCAUUAGGACAAGUGCGACUAAGGAAAUACAAGAUGGUGUUUCUGCGGAUGCUGACCUUAUGCAUCCCAUAGAUCCUACUCCGUUGAGCUCGAUUGGUCCCUCUAAUGCUGAGGAAGUACCUUCUUGUUCAAACCAGGAUGAAGUCUUGCCAGGAUUAGGCGAGUCUGAAAGACAUUUUGUUGAAAAUAUUUUCAGCUCUAUGUGUAAAGAAGAAACUUUUUCUGGUCAGGUGAAACUGAUGGAUUGGAUUUUGCAGAUAGAAAAUCCUUUAAUCUUAGGCUGGUUUUUGAUGAAAGGCGGUGUCAUGAUUCUAGCUACUUGGUUGAGUCAAGCUGCUAGCGAGGAACAAACAAGUGUUGUUUCUGCUGUUCUCAAGGUUCUUUGUCAUUUACCCUUGAAUAAAGCCGUUCCUGCUCACAUGUCGGCCGUACUUCAAGGUGUCAACAAAUUGCGGUUCUACCGACUACCAGACAUCUCAAAUAGGGCAAGAGUUCUCUUGUCAAAGUGGAGCAGAAUGUUUGCCAAAAGUCAAGCUUUGAAGAAACCUAAUGGCGUUAGAACAGCUGGUGGUUCCCAGCCAGAUAUAGACCUGUCUGGGAGGCUUGGUGAACUUGUUGGAGAUGGUUCAUGGCAAUCUUCCGUUGAUGAUCAUGACAUACUAGCUCUCUCCUAUGUUGGUCCAGACGAUACCAGGAAAGUGGAAACUCUAGAAGCGGUGAAGCUGCUUACAGCCUCGUCAGAUGAUACUAAUAAGAAGCUCAUCUUAGGGACGUCAACUGCUCAUAAUAAAGAACGCAGAAAGGUUCAGCUUGUUGAACAACCAGGUCAAAAAGCAGGUAGUAAGAGCCAGCCUGUAAAAGCAGUGCUUGCCAACCAAAGGCGUCCUAUAACUGCUGAUGAAAUCCAAAAGGCAAAAAUGCGUGCGCAAUUUAUGCAGAGCAACAAGAGAAAAACUGAAGGUCCAAAUAAACCUUCUUUACUCACUAAUGAUUUGCUUUCAGCAUCAGAAGCUUAUCUUCGACCUAAGCUUGAAGCGCAGAAAAAAGCAAGGUUGCUUCCUCCAAAGAGUAGUACUAAACAGGUGGAAUGUCCUUCUGAUCAUAAGCCAACCUUUGACCAGAAGGAAACUUUGCUGGAAAAGUGCCGGAGGGUUCAAAUCCCUUGGCGGGCACCCCCAGAAAUUCAACUUAUAGCAGAAGUUGGCGCUGGAGAAAGUAGCAAGGAACUGGAGGGUCAGAGGAACCGAAUUCACCGGGAAAAGGAAACGAUUUACCGAAUGCUUCAUGAGGUCCCACCGAACCCCAAGGAGCCAUGGGAUAUUGAGAUAGACUACGAUGACACCUUGACUCCUGAAAUACCCAUCGAUCAGCUGCCUGACUCUGAUGGUGCUGAUCAUGUACCUGAAAAUCUAAAUGAUUCUUCAGCUGACCACUCCACCUCAUCACAGGCUGAGCCUGAUCUCGAGCUCCUUGCAGUUUUGCUCAAAAACCCGGAUUUGGUUUUUGCUUUGACUUCUGGUCAAGCAAGCGGGCUGUCAAGUGAGGAUACUGUGAAACUUCUCGACUUGCUCAAGUCAAGUGGAGGGGAAGCAUUGUUGAAUGGGCAAGCUUCUGGGAAGUCUGAGGAAGUGAAAGUUGAAGUUUCUCUUCCUUCACCUACCCCUACAAGAAAUGUUGAAGUCUCUCUUCCAUCUCCGACCCCACCGAGCAGAUUUGAAGUUUCACUUCCCUCUCCAACACCUUCCACCAAUCCUGGGCCGGUGCGUGAAAAUAGUGGAUGGACAACAACACAGGCUGCAAAGAAUCCAUUUACACGGCAUACUAUGGCAGUCCAGGAUAGUGCUGUAGUUACAACUGCUGUUAUUACUUCAGAUAGGCCUCAGAAUGGUUGUACCUUGCAGCCACAGUUUGCAUCAACGGCACCUGCUGUAGUCCCAUCAUUGCCACAGUACCGUUCUUCUCAAACUCAAAUCUUAGGUCCAGUUACUCACUCACCGUCUCUCAUCCCCGAGAAUCAUCUGACAUUCUAUGCCCCUAACCCGGCCCAAAACCCACCAACCAUGAAUUCUUCUAUUAUCCCCUCGUAUACGCGCCAAACACGGCCACGAAUACAUUCACAUCCACAGCCAGAGCAGUAUCCGCUUCAUGAAGAUAGUAGUAACACGGAAAUGGUAAAAGCUAGGCAUGGUUUGUCUCACAAUUUGCCUUUCAAUAAUCAUGUAACUCAAAAUGUAUAUAAUACACCAAUCAUGACGGGCGGGCAACCAGACCCCACAUGGGAGAACAACAGUUAUUGCACGGGUGGUCAAAAAGGAUACGAAUUACGGAAUCCAGAGAAUAGUCCUGGCCCAAUGAGGUAUCCACCCGAGCACCAUCACGGGCAUGGGUGGAGUUACCCAGAGCAAAGGGAAAGGGGUUAUGGACCUCCUGAUAGGCUUAGUAGGCACCAGAGUUGGCGCGGUAGUAGUGGUGGUGGUGGUGUUAACCGUCGAUGGAAUGGUGGUGAUCGGAGGCGGUAACAGCUCUGUAUUGGCUUGUAUGGCUUUGUUAUUCUGUGCAUAGAUUGGCUAUUUAUUUUUUUUUAUUAUACCUGGGGUGAGAGAGAAGUUGGACCGUUGGAAAUCAUGGACCUUCAACCAUGGAUCCGGGAACACUUUUUGAUAUGACAUUCUUUGAUUAGGAAGUCUUGACAGUAAACGCACCCACUUAA